GUACCACCACCACUGUACUCCGUAGGGCCACCAUUCAUUUUCAUCGUUAUCGCCGUGGCGUCGGUACGCCGUCGUAGUCGUUGCAGAGUAGUAACGCCUGGCACCUCACCCUUUCCCCCGGCUCACGGCAAUCCGUCGCUGCUGUCCGCCCGCCCAUCGUUGUGCCCGCUCAUUCGUCCGACGGUUCCCGCGCUAACUGAAUAAUAACCGAAACCGAUACCGUACGUGUCCCUGUACAGUGUACAUACAUUGCGAAUUCCGAACGAGUGCGAGUGCGCCUGCAGCCAGAUCUUUUCGCGAUCCGUUUACCGCCUCCGUUUCCGUUCCGACGAACGUUCUUCAGUUUGUUUUGAUUUCAUACUCACGGUCACCACAAUGCAUAAAGGUACGUCUUCCAAGGGAGUGGCUGAUAACGAGUAUGAAAUUGAGUCCAUUUUAUUUGAUGAUACAUAUGGGAGCAAAACAAUGUAUCUCGUUAAAUGGAAAAAUUAUCCUAUGGACCAGUGCACUUGGGAACCAUAUCGAAAUUUAACAAACUGUUCUAACGCAUUGAAUGACUACAGAUCAAAUAAGAUAGUUGCUGCUGACAUUUAUAAAACUGCACGUUUUAAAGACCUGUAUGAUUCACUUAAUAUUUUUGCUGAUCAAGAAUUGCUUGAAUUGUUGCACCGUGUGCUCGUGGAAGGCAUGCCAUCUAUAGAAGAUAAGUUUGUUAGGGGUACUAUUGCCUAUUUAUCAACAGUAUCGCCAAGUAGUAGGAGUACAUCAUUAACUAAAUUGAUUAGACAUAAUUUAAUGCUAAUUGAAGUUAACAGAAAAAGGCAAAAACAACUUGAUAAAUUGUCUAAAUGGCAAAAUGAAAUGGCUGCAGUUUGUGGAUUUAGUUUAACUGUUGUAAACGAUGUAGACUUUGAAGGCCCACCCAAACGGUUUUAUUAUGUGGAUGAAUGUGUGGCGGGCGAAGGAGUUAUUAUUCCAAACGACCCUCCAGUUUGGUGCCACUGUGAUGUUACCUGUGGAGGAAAAAAACGUAAAAAAACUGAAUGUCAUUUUGGCGAUUUUCAACUUGCGUAUAAUAAAUUCAAGCGUGUUAUAGUUCCUCAAGGCACUCCUAUUUAUGAGUGUAAUAAAAAAUGUUCUUGUGACAAUACCUGUGUAAACAGAGUGGUUCAACAUGGUCCUAGUAAGAAUUUAAAACUUCAAAUAUUCCGAACAGAUAACAAUCGCGGUUGGGGAGUCAAAACAUCAAUAAGUAUAAAGCAAGGUACGUAUAUUACCAAAUAUACUGGUGAAGUAAUCACCAAAUCAGAAGCUGAUCAGCGGGCUGUCACUCAUGGAUCAAAGUCAACAUACUUGUUUGAUCUUGACUAUAAUACUGAUAAAAAUGAUAGCGUUUAUUCUAUUGAUGCAACUACAUUUGGUAAUGUAUCACAUUUUAUAAAUCAUUCAUGUGAUUCUAAUCUGGCCAUAUUUGCUGUAUGGAUUGAUUGUUUGGAUACUAAUAUUCCAACCCUGGCAUUAUUUGCAUCUAGAGAUAUUGAUGCAGGUGAAGAGAUUACAUUCAAUUAUAUGACUUCUGUCAAUAAUGAAAGUCGGAGAAUUAAAUGUAAAUGCCUAUCUAAAAACUGCCGUGGUUACCUGUGUUAGUAUAAAUAAUUUUGUUUUCAUACUGACACUAAAUUUUUAUUGACUAUAUACUUUUUUUAUUAUUUAUUCUCCAAUAGCCUUACUUAUUAUGAAAAAGUAUAAUUUUGAAUCAAUUUAAUUAAGUGUUGGGUUUGACAAAAAAGGGUAAUUUAUAUGUAUAUAAUGUAAAUAGUACUGAUUUAAAGGUGAAGACAAAAGAUGAUGUCUUAAUAGUACAUCAUAAAUAUUUUUUUCAGUUGUAACAGAAAUUAGUUAAUUUUAUAUGCAUUUUUGAAAUUAUUAGAUAAUUAUUUCACAGUUUAAUUUUUUUUUCACUAGUAAAUAUUUAUUUUUAAUAAAUGAAUUCAUUUAGACAGUUGAUAAGAUUUUCUAUUGAGGUACCUAAUUAAUGUAACUAAAUAUCUUACAAAAUGUACUGCUUAUAAUCUAAUAUUUAUAAAUACAUAGAUACAUUCAGCUAAUCGUUCCAAGUAUAAAUUAUUUAAAAGUAUUAAAUGUAUUGCUUUUAUGUAUGAUAUAUUUUUUUUUAAAUUAUUAUUUUCUUUGAAUUAGUCAAAUGUAAUCUAGUGUAAAAAAUAUUAAUACCAAAGUUUAAUUUGGUAUUAUAUUAUAAUAAUACAAUAAAAUAUUUUAAGAAUUAAUUUAUUACUCAAUUAGUAUUUAUCUUUAAAAUUGCUAAUUACCAUUUUUUCGUUCUGUAAUAAGUUUUAAUGUCAAUUUUUUUUAUAUAUUAUAUUAACAGUUAAUUUUUUGAAUUAUUCAUUCCAUUAAGAACUUAUGAUAAUUUCCCAUUAAUACAUUUAAAUGAUAAAUGUACUUUCAGAAUGUUCAUUUGACUAAAAUAUAUUUAUUUUUUGUAUAGUAAACACAAGAAUGAUUUUUUUUUUUUCAAUAAUCAUGAAAACCUUGUUGAAAUUUAAAUUGCUUAAUACAUAAACAAAUAUCAUAAAUAUAUAUACAUAAAUAUAUAUAUUUGUAAAUGUUUUCUUUUGUAAUGUAUUUUAAGACUUAAAAUAAUAAUUAUUGUUGGAUAAAAUGGAGCUGCAAAAAUUUUUACUUUAAUUUAAAUAUUAAAAUUAUGUGCAGUUUCAAUUUUUCUUUUAACGAAAACAUUUUUAUAAUUUUUUAUGAAUAAAAAUCUUGUUAAAUGUUUUUGUAAUAUAUUAAAAGACUGAGUGUAAUUUAUAUUUAUUCAGUUGUUUUUAAGAAUUAAAUAAUUUGUUUAAGUUUAUUGUUACAUAUUAAACAGAUAACUUUUUACUUGAUUUUUAUACUACAAUAUGAUUGUAACUAUCAUUUUUUAUGUAUAUUAUACUAUUUAUUACAUACUAAUUAAAUAUAAUGCAAAUUGAUGUAACAAAUGCUAAAUAUGUGACUAUAGUUAACUGUAAAUUUAAAUGUUAAUUUCAAGACAUUUUUAAUAUUGUAAAUGAUAAAUUAGAAUUUUUUUCAAAUAACUGAAUUGUAUAAUAAAUUAUUAAUUUUAUGUUUUUUUUCGAAAGACUGCAUCAAGUUAUAUGAAUGAAAUAUACUUUAUGCUUACAUAUUGUAAAAUUA